AUGGCCUCCGCAUUUUUGGGAGUGUACGUGGCGCUGUAUGAUUACCAGGCCCAGAAUGACGAGGAGUUGUCGAUCCAAGAAAACGACAUCCUCUACUUACUGGAACAGUCUGACAUAGAUGAUUGGUGGAAGGUUAAAAAGAGAGUCGUCGACGCAGACGUGGAGGAACCCUCGGGUCUUGUUCCGAGCACUUACAUAGAGCCGGCCAAACCCGUCAGUCAUGCCACCGCGUUGUACGAUUACGAUAAGCAAACUGAAGAAGAGCUCACCUUUUCCGAAGGCGCGCAGUUCGACGUUUAUGACACCUCCGACCCUAAUUGGACACUCGCAUCUUUGAACAACCAACAAUUCGGAUUCAUUCCAGCAAACUACAUAGAGAUUGACCAGAAACAGCCUGCACAAGCUUCUGCUCCUCAAUUGUCGUCGUACGGCUCUUCCUCAGCCUUGACCGACUUCCCUCCUCCUCCCCAGAGACCGGGCCAAUCGCAGCAAUCGUCCGCCGUUCUAGAGGCCCCGGCACCGCAGAUGCCUUCUCGUCCGUCUGUGGUGGACUCUCCAACGUCUCCCUCCGAGGAGGCUCCGCCUCCAAUGCCGAGCAGACCACGAAGCGGCACCCAAAGUUCCAGAAGAUCUGUUGUUUCUGAUGCCUAUGCCGAUUCGAUGGAAUCGGAUAGAAACGGCGGUGUCCAGGACCCUGACGAUUUCGUGAAAGACGAUUUCUUCAACUGGGUCGUUUACGAGAUCGACGGCAGAAAGAAAAAGAAGACUACACUCUCUGUUGGUAACUCGCAGGUUUUCAUCACCAGAAAUGGCUCGUCCGAUCCAAAAUACUGGUCGAUCAACGAUCUGGUUUCGUACAACCACGAAAAGAAGCACGUUUUCCUCGACUUCAGAAACCCUACUGCCUCGUACGAAUUCCAUGCUGGAUCAAAAGACACAGUCGAAGCGAUUAUUUCCAUAUUGGGAGAUAUCAAGGGAAUGGCUUCCAUGAAUGCCUUGAAAGAUGUUAAGGAAGCAUCGACUCCGUCAACGAAAAAGCAAGGAAAAAUCAUUUAUGACUUUGAUGCCGCUUCUCCUGACGAACUGACCUGUUACGAAGGAGACUCUGUCUACAUCCUCAACGACAAGAAAAGUAAGGAGUGGUGGAUGGUUCAGAACAUUUCCACUGGAGAACAGGGUGUUGUUCCUUCGAAUUUUGUCAAAGUCACCGGAACUGCCACCGGUACCUCUUCUGGAGGUUUGAGAGCAUUCUUCUCUAGAAAAGGCUCUUCCUCCUCAUUGAGUCCUAAAAAGAAGAAGGUUGAUAAAGAAAGGGAGAAGGAAAGAAAGAAGGAGGCAGAGAGAGAACUCGCAAUUGAAAGAGAAGAACUCGAAAGACAAAGACGUCGCCAGCAACGUAAGGAAAGAGAGCUUAGAGAUAGAGACGAAAGAGAUAAAGUCAGAAGAGCUGACGAAAGAGAAAGAGAAAGAAGAUCUAAAGGCUCGUCCUCCAAAAGCAAGGACUCUGGAAAGCCUAAUAUGUACCGUGUCAGAACCUGGAUCGACAGAUCAGGUUCUUUCAAGGUCGAGGCUGAGUUCUUGGGAUGUUCUGACGGAAAGAUUCAUCUUCACAAGGUCAACGGUGUCAAGAUUGCUGUUGCAGCCCAAAAACUGUCCACCGAGGAUCUGGAGUUUGUUGAAAGAAUUACAGGAAUGUCUCUUGAUUCUUAUAAGGAGAAGAAGCCAUCUUCUGUUCCAAGAAGAGAGCCGGAACCUGUGUCGGAACCUGUUGUUCAAAAGACACCAAAAUCGACAUCUGCUCCUUUCAACGAGAAACUGUACGAGUACUGGUUUGACUUCUUCGUCACCUGUGGAGUUGAUGCCAACGUUUGUGAUAAAUACGCAAAAAACUUCACUUCUGAGCAGAUGGAUGAGGCCAUCUUGGAGGAUAUCAACACUUCGUUAUUGAGAACGCUAGGUCUGAAGGAAGGAGACAUCUUGAGAGUCAACAGAUACCUCGACGCCAAGUUCAACCGGAAUCCAGAGCCUAUUUCGUCUCAACCAACAAACGGCGGUCUUUUCAGCUCGACUGACGGUUCUUUGAAGAACAACAAGUCAAACGCUUCUGUGGACUCUGUCAAUGGCCAGAAUUUGAAACAACAAUUCGAAGACGACGCCUGGUCCUUGAAGCCUGCUGCUAAAACCGGAGAGUCCAAGUCUGUUACUCCCCAGCUGACUGGAUCGAUUCAGGACUUGGUUAAUAUCAAGCCUAUGGAGGCUACCAAGACUGCACAGCCAGCAGCUGCGCCUUUAAAGCCUGCCACCACUGGACAAGCCACUACCACCCCUGCAGUUGCUCCUCAGAAAACUUCAGGUACCUUGUAUCCUCAACUGACGUCUGCCGUGACCGGUGCCAUGAUGCCCAUGCCUACUGGAUUCAUGCCAAUUACCAUGGUUCCUAUGAUGACCGGCCAGCCAACUGGACUUAUUCCUUUGCAGCCAACCGGAAAGGUCAUGCCUGCUACCUCGUUCGCACAAAAGACUGGAGGAUUCAUGCCAACGACCUCGUUUGCACAGAAGACCGGCGGAUUCAUGCCUGCUACCACGUUCGGUUCGUUUGCUCAGCCACAGCCAACCGGUGGUUUGAUUCCACUACAGCCAACUGGAUUGGUGAUGAACAAGACUGGAGGAAUCCAAAAGACCGGAGGCUUCAUGCCUUUGAACACCAGCUUCCCUGCCAUGCAACCAACCAUGAAGACGGGAGGUUUUCUGGGACAGCCAAGUGGACUACAAACGAACCUGUUUGGCCAACAGACUGGAUUGAACGGGUUCGGCCAGCAACAGGCUACAGGAUUUGGCCAGCCACAAGCCACCGGAUUCGGACAACCACAAGCCACCGGUUUUGGCCAGCCCCAACUCACCAGUUUUGGUCAACCGCAGACCACCAGUUUUGGCCAGCCCCAACCUACUAGCUUUGGCCAGCCACAGGCCACUGGGUUCGGCCAGCAGUCUACCGGUUUCGUUCCGCAGAGCCAGUUUGGCAUGAACCAGCUGAACAACAUGUUUGCGCAAACCUCGAUCGGAGGACUGACCGGACCGGCCACAGGCGCCAACACCGGGUUCGACCCGAUGGCCAGCCAAGCCACCAGCUUCAACACAGGCGUGAGCUCGUUCCCCCAAAAUAAUUUCAACCAGCCCUUCAACGAGCCGUUGGUGUCACAGCCAACAGGACUGGGUUUCGGAAAUGCUCCUUCCACUUCUUUCGGCCUGCAGAGCCAGCCAACAGGCAGAAGAGCCAACUUGGCUAACGCCACAGCAGACAAUCCUUUCGGGUUUUAA